AUGAAGAGCAAUCCUACAGUACCCAUCACCCCAGAGCAUUUUCACAUCCCAACCUUCAUGUCCGGUAUUGUCACCAUCAUGCCAGAGCCCCCUCAUGCCAAGCCUGCCAAGCCAAAACCUGCUCAAGGCCUGCUCACGCCAUGCCAGCCGCUCCAGAGCCUGCUCACCCCAUGCCUGCCGCCCCAGAGCCAGUCCACAAGAUGGUCAGCAUCCCAGAGCCAGUCCACAAGAUGGCCGCCAUCCCAGAGCCAGUCCACAAGAUGGCCGCCAUCCCCAAGCCUGUUCACAAGAUGGCUGCCAUCCCCAAGCCUGUUCACAAGAUGGCUGCCCCAUCUGAGUCCCCAGUCAAGAUGGCUGCCACGCCUGAGCCUCAUCUAUCCAAAAUCGUCUCAUCCAAAUCUCACCUCACCAUGUCUGUCGCACCCAGAUCUAAUCAACCACAGCCAAGAUACAGCUGUUCAAGCCACGGCAGACCUCCCUGAGUCAAGU